AUGGGGAUUUGCAGCUCAUGCUACUUUGCCACCACCGGCACCAUUACCAGCCCUUCCACGGUCAAACUCAUCCUCUUAGAAGGCGAACUUAGAGAAUUUCCGUCGCCGAUGAAGGUGUUCCUGGUGGCACCGCCGUUAGAUUUAGGGAAUGAUCUGUGCUCCUUCAUUUGCAACGCGGAUGAGAUGGAUUUUGAUCACUACCUUACCGCCAUGAAUGGGGAGGAGUAUCUUCGUUUGGGUCAGCUGUACUUUGAGCUUCCAUUGAGCUGGUUGAAUAGGCGGUUAGCCGCGGAGGAUAUGGCUUCUCUGGCGGUUAAAGCCGGGAGGGCAAUUACGGUUAGUAGUGGUAAGGUGAGAUGCGGGUGCUGUGUUAUACAGGUUGAUCCGGUGGUGUUCAGUGAUGCGGAUAAUGAGAUUGAUGUGAUUAUGCCCGAGAGUCCAUCAGAGAUGAUAACAUCUUCCUGGAGUAGGGUUGGAGGUGGAGGUGGUGGUGGUGGCAACCACAGUCACGGUGGUAAACGGCGGAUGUUUACAAAGCUUGAAAGGAUAGCGGAGGAGUGA